UUAGGAUUGAAAAGUACGCGUGUCUCUGUUUGUCAGUGUAGAGAGCAGAAUGUCAUUUUUGUGAAACUAUGGCCACUCAAACGCGAUGUUCGCGGAUUAAUGAUUUAUGUAAACCGAUUACGGUUAAUAUUAUGACACCAUCUCAUGAACCAAGCUCCGUUAUUGUAAUAAAAACCAUAAAAUAUAUACUAUAUCAACGACAGCAAAUACCUUUCACUUACGAGUUUUUAAUGGACCUCGCCUUGAAAGGCAAAGCAGUACUCAAUGAUUCAAAAAUUAAAGAGGGUGCAACCACAGAAAAUAUUAGUUUAUGCACCUUGGUUGUAACGGUACUAAGGAUUUCAUCUGAGUUAAAAUUUCCUAAUUUCACUAAGAAUUCUUCUGGGAUUGUGAUCACUUCAUGCCAUAAAAUGUUUCACUGUUUUGGUCACUAAUGCAAGUGGUCUACAGAAGUGUUAAAAGGGCGUGGUGGUCACUUUCAGGACGUCAGAACCCAGUGGAAAAAAUAUCAAAAAAUUGUUGAAUCAUUUGAAAUGUUGGAAGAAAUAUUUAAGAAUGUGCGCCAGGAACUUGACCAGUGUAACAACCAUUUAGUGCCUGAAGUGAUGAUAAUACUUGGCUCCACACCAAUGAGCCCAAAAGAAGUUUAUAGAAUCAUCUUGCCUCAGCAUUCAAGAAUUUCUUCAACAAGUGACAUAGCACCAAAAACAAAUAUUUUUCACAUGUUCAGGGGCAUUAUGACUUGUGAAGAGUUGCAGAACUUUGUUACCAAGUCACUCAGCACUACUAACACCUAUCUGUUUGUGAAAAAGAGAGCUGGGCUGAAUAGUCCAUGGCUUCUUCCCAAAAGACUGUAUGAACCACCUAACAUGGGGCAACAUAUUAUAUUUUCAUUGAAAGGUUCUACUAGUGAAGAACAGCCUAUCAGCAGUAAUGUGGAUAAUGAUACUGGUCAAGAGGCAGAGAUUUAUCCAGAUUAUGCUUUAGUGACUGAAGAUAGUGAAGAACAGUUCAGGCUUCCUUACAAUGGACAUAAUCUCUUACGUAGAAACAGUUAUGUAUCACAUGACCUAAAAAAGAAUUCUGUGGAUAAGAAUUUUGAUGACAUGCACUGGUACCAAGCAAAACAUGUGUUCAGAGGGUUUGUAAAUGAGCUGCAAUUUUAAUUCUGUGUGUGUGUGUGUGUGUGUGUGUGUGUGUGUGUGU